AGAUGAUGUUAAACUCGUCAUUAUUGCCAGCACGCAGAGUGUAGUUGAUAUGAUUACGUGACGCUUUCCACCAAAGGAGACUCAUGUGCAAGAAUUAAGAGCGACAGCAACAAGAAAGUUCAACCAAUAUGGCCGACAACCACACUCCAGCUGGAUCUUCCACUAGUACCGCAUCCAACAUUUCAACCGUUCCACAACCUCAAGACGCCCAAGUACUCCUCUCCCAAGCUCUCGAAGGAAAGUUCAUGCUGUCUCAUGGUGUCCGCCUCAGUGUAGUAAUAACAUCAGCAUGUCUUGCAGCAUGUGGCUUGGCAUUGAUAGUAUUGGGUGCUGUCGGCAGCAGCAGCAAUUUUUUACAAGGUCUAAGUGGAUUGAAUGCCGUUGUUACAGGAGUAUCAUUGCUUCUGGCAGCCAGUUUUGGGUGUCUGACAUUCAUCCAGAGUAAAGCAAAAAGUGUUGGACGACUUUUGCUUAUAUGCGUUGUUGUGACGUGUCAUACAUCCGGGGCCUUUGCAUUCCAGUCUAUCAUUAUCUUUGGUCAACUGGUCGGAAGAUAUCAAGCCGAAACUUGUGACGUCAUAACGCCCACUGGGACGGGACUGAAUUCAGAUGUGGUUCCCUAUUGUCCUAAAGAUACAAGUUUGGUGUUCGCUUCCUGCAUUCUCCCACUCUCCAUAUUAGGAUUCUUCCUCGGCGUUGUUUGCUCUGGCUCGUGCUACUUGGCAGCUCCUCGGUUGUUGUGCUGUCUCGUUGAUAUGAACAAAAGAGAGAGAGAGUUUAUACCCAUUCAGCAAGUUCCAACUAAUGUUUGAAAGUUGUGCCAGUCAUCGUGACGUCAUGAACACAUUUCUCUAUGCAGGAUUAAUGAUUUAAAUGCAGAGGUGUAUCAAACUUCACGCGUUACCGUAUUACAUGACGCUUCAAAAGUGUCUUAAAGGCAAAUUUCUUUGGGAGAUAACUAAAGUUUUCUUUCUAUUUGUGCGAGUGUGCUAUGAAGAUAUAGGACUAUUAUAUUAAGGUUAAAACAACUUCCUUGCGAUUGUUGUGUGUGUUUAAAUAGCGGAUAUCACAUAAGCUAGUCUGGCAAUUUUAUAAUCUUGUUAGAGGAGUAUUACACAAGUAGGCUCACCGUCUUUGAAGUAGUUACAGAAGGACAUGUCUGUAAAAACUGGUGUACAGUAAUUCACAAAAAUAAGCAAGUUAAUCAGGGCAUGAGUAUAUCACAACGUAGAAUACCAUUAUUGAUAUAAAAUAGUGGGUAUUAUAGAAAUGAAAAAAAGAGAGAAUUGUAAAUAGUCGAAAGUAAAUCAGGGCAUGAGUAUAUCACAACGUAGAAUACAUUUGUUGAUUUUAAAUAGUGGGUAUUGAAGAAAGGAUAUCAACAAAAGAAACUCUUGGUAAAUACACAGUACCCGACACUCGUUAAUAUAAUAGAUCGCUGGGACUGGCCGAACGACCUCUAUAAUCACAGGAACAUUGAAAAGAAGACAACCAAACCAAGAAACAAAAAUCAGAAAUGAUAUUCGGCACUUUAUAAUAUACUCUUUAUAUUAAGCAGGACUUCUUUAUAACGUGCUCUUUAUAACGAGGUAGACUGUAAAUAUCGCAGAAAAUAUUACAUUUAAUACGGUGAAUUUUACAUAAGAUGACGGAAGAUGAGAAUUUGGAUAUCACAAAAGUGAAAAGUAAAACUUCAAAGUGAAUAUCAUAAGAUAGAAUAGUGAGUACCUGUAUUUAAUUUUGGGAGGCAUACUAUAUUAUAAGAAUGACAAAUGACCUGCAGGUCAUUUUAUGGGCUUAAGUGUACUCUCUUUAUCCUGUGCCAAUUUGAUUUGCUCAAUAAAGAUUGAUUUACCUCCAUAAUAUAAUAUCUGUUUAACAAACCAACGGGAAGUUUUUGGGCAACAUUACAAACAUGAAAACGGCAAACAAGUCAAAGUAUAAAAUUGAGCAUCAUCAGUUAGAUUGUGUUUAUAUGUAAAGUACUUUUUAUUUAUUUCAUAUUGUUAAUACAUUAUUUAUAAUAAUUGUUAAAAUAUUUUUUAGCUAGACGUCAUUUCAUGCCAUCCUUACAUGAUUCUCAAUUUGGACAAUUUAAUAAAUCAUGUUUUCGAAACAUCUUUGAUUUUGAUGAUUAAACUUUUAAGAGAAAUUAUAUUUUCUAUACAAAAUGUAUGAGUCUAAUUGUGUCGAAUCUAGUCCAUUGUGCGAAAAUAAGUCAUGUGUAAAUAAACCAUAGAG